GGCAGGCGGCGAGGCAGCGCGCGGCGGCCGGGCUCCAUGUGGACCUUCCGGGGCGCAGGCCGGUGCCCCCGCGGGCAGUGCGCGUCCGCCCUGGGGCUGGCCUCGGGGCUGCUGGGCCUGGGCUUCCUGCUCGGAUGGUUUAUGAAGUCAUCCCAUGAAGCUACUAAAACUGAUCUACAUCAUGAUAUGAAGAUGGCCUUUUUUGAAGAAUUGAAUGCUGAGAACAUCAAGAAAUUCUUAUAUAAUUUUACAAGAAUACCACAUUUAGCAGGAACAAAACAAAACUUUCAUCUUGCAAAGCAAAUUCAAUCCCAGUGGAAAGAAUUUGGCCUGGAUUCUGCUGAGUUGGUCCAGUAUGACGUCCUGUUAUCCUACCCAAAUAAAACUCAUCCCAACUACAUCUCAAUAAUCGAUGGAAGUGGAAAUGAGAUUUUCAACACAUCCUUAUAUGAACCACCUUGUCCAGGAUAUGAAAAUGUUUCAGAUGUUGUGCCACCGUUCAGUGCUUUCUCUCCAAAAGGAGUGCCUAAGGGUGACCUAGUAUAUGUUAACUAUGCACGAACUGAAGACUUCUUUAAACUUGAGCGGGACAUGAAAAUCAGUUGCUCUGGGAAGAUUGUGAUUGCCAGAUAUGGAAAAAUUUUCAGAGGAAAUAAGGUUAGAAAUGCUGAGUUGGCAGGGGCCAAAGGAAUCAUUUUGUACUCAGACCCUGCUGAUUCCUCUGCCCCUGGAGUGGCACCCUAUCCAGAUGGGUGGAGUCUUCCUGGAGCUGGUGUUCAGCGUGGAAAUGUCUUAACCCUUAAUGGUGCAGGGGAUCCUCUUACGCCUGGUUACCCAGCAAAUGAAUAUGCUUAUAGGCGGGAAAUCACAGAAGCUGUUGGUCUUCCAAGUAUUCCUGUUCACCCAAUUGGUUACCACGACGCACAUAAGCUGCUCGAGAAAAUGGGUGGGUCAGCAGCACCAGAACAGAGCUGGAAAGGAAGCCUUCCUGUGCCUUACAAUGUUGGACCAGGCUUCACUGGAAACUUUUCUACUCAAAAAGUCAAGAUGCACAUCCAUUCCAACAAUAAGGUAACAAGAAUUUAUAAUGUCAUAGGAACACUCAGAGGAGCAGUGGAACCAGACAGAUAUGUCAUUCUUGGAGGUCACCGUGAUGCAUGGGUAUUUGGUGGCAUUGACCCUCAAAGUGGAGCAGCUGUUGUUCAAGAAAUCGUGAGGAGUUUUGGGACACUGAAAAGAAAAGGUUGGAGACCUAGAAGAACAAUUUUGUUUGCAAGUUGGGAUGCAGAAGAAUUUGGUCUUCUUGGCUCUACUGAGUGGGCAGAGGAUAAUUCUAGAAUUCUUCAAGAGCGUGGUGUGGCCUACAUUAAUGCAGAUUCUUCAAUAGAAGGUAAUUACACUCUGAGAGUUGAGUGUACACCACUCAUGUACAGUUUGGUAUACAAUCUGACAAAAGAGCUUCAAAGCCCUGAUGAAGGCUUUGAAGGCAAAUCCCUUUAUGAAAGCUGGAAUGAGAAGAGUCCUUCCCCUGAGCUGACUGGCAGGCCCUGGAUUGGCAAGUUAGGAUCUGGGAAUGAUUUUGAGGUGUUCUUCCAAAGACUUGGGAUUGCUUCAGGCAGAGCAAGAUACACUAAAAAUUGGGCAACAAGCAAAUUCAGCAGCUAUCCAUUAUAUCAUAGUGUCUAUGACACAUAUGAGCUGGUGGAAAAGUUUUAUGAUCCAACUUUUAAGAAUCACCUUGCUGUGGCCCAGGUUCGAGGAGGGAUGGUAUUUGAAGUAGCCAAUUCCGUGGUGCUCCCUUUUAACUGUCAAGAUUAUGCUGUUGUUUUGAAAAAGUACACCGACAAAAUCUACAACAUUUCCAUGAAACAUGAACAAGAAAUGCAAAAAUACGGAGUAUCAUUUGAUUCGCUUUAUUCUGCAGUGGAAAAUUUUACAGAAAUUGCUUCUAAGUUUAAUGAGCGGCUUCAUGAUUUGGACAAAAACAACCCAAUAUUGUUGAGAAUUGUGAAUGAUCAGCUGAUGUUUCUUGAACGAGCAUUUAUUGAUCCUUUAGGAUUACCAAAUAGACCUUUUUAUAGGCAUGUCAUCUAUGCUCCAAGCAGCCACAACAAGUAUGCAGGGGAGUCAUUCCCAGGAAUUUAUGAUGCUCUGUUUGAUAUCAGAAGCUCAGUCAUGCCUUCCAAGGCCUGGGGAGAGGUGAAGAGACAGAUUUCUAUUGCUGCCUUCACAGUGCAAGCAGCAGUGGGGAUGCUGAGAGAAGUCGCCUGAGAAGCAGCGUCAGUGCCCUGUGGAGUUGGGACAGUGCAUCACUCAACAGUAGAUGAUAGAUGUAUCGGUAAACUGAAAAAUUAAGUGCACUCAUAUCUAAGCAGACUUUUUUCCCCCUCCCUGUGGACCAAAAUAAAAGAUGGGUGACUUGAUUCUGUAAUCAUUGACAGUACUGCUGCAGGUGAAGUGUUAGAACUAAGGGAAGCAGCCGGAUGUUAAAGCUCAUAUGUGAGUAAGGAAUCACGUUUAAUCUAGCACUCCAGCCACAAUUCUGUUGAGGCACGCACUGAAAAUGUCAACAUGUUAGAAAGCUCAUGGGAAAACACGCAGGGUGCUGCCUUAGAUUCCACUCGCUGAGACAGUGUCAGAAGACUGCAGUGAAACUCUAGUCUGAGCUUACUGCAGACCAAUGCAGAUUCCCCAUACCAGAGCAUAAAUACUUAAAAUUUUUAUUUUUCAUAAUUUUUGCUAAAGUAUAAUUGCAUGCAUAAAAUAGAAUGUGAGUGAGAGAAUAUUUCAUGUAUGCGAGGGUAUAUAUAGUGAAAAAUGAUUUUAAAACAAAGCAUUAAACAUUUAACCCUCACUCCCAAGAACUAGAUUAAAGGCCUACAGAGAUAAUAUAGUGUGUAAUGUAUUUGCCUUGCACGUGGCCGACCCAGGUUCAAUCCCCGGCAUCCUAUAUGGUCUUAGCACUGCCAGGAGAAAUUCCUGAAUGCAGAGCCAGGAGUAACCCCUGAGCAUUGCUGAGUGUGACCCCAAAAAACAAAACAAAAAAAAAAAAGAAAAAAGAACCUGAUUAACAAGAGAGAUGUUUGGGUUUCCCAUGUGCUUCAGAGAUGCUCACUUUUUAAAUUUUUAAAAUAUUUUCUAUUAUUUACAAUUUUACCACAUUGGCUAUAUUCCAAUAAAAUAUACCAAUACAAUUUUUUGGCUUUUUGAAAACUAUAUAAGUAAAAUCAUGCUAUCUGCAUUUUUCUAGGUGUGACUUUUUAAACUCACCUUUAGAUUUAUUCAUGUAGCACUAUGAAUGAUGCUUACCAGGUUUUACUGAAACAGUUCCUGUGGGAAUGCCAUUGCCCCCUGCCCUUUUAUUUUCUGAUCGAGGAUUCUUAGUAUGGUGGGUGGACUGCGUCUUCUGUGGAAUUUUCUAGUGAUUGAGUAUGUCAGUUUCCCAGAUUUGUCCCAUCUGGUUGGGGGCGAGGGGUGCCAUCUCAGGACCUGGCACAAGAUCUUAAUGCUGCAAUAAAAUAUUAGCAUUCUUGUU